AUGAAUCGCAGGGACGACAAUGAGCCGUCUGACCCCAAUGCUCCCUUGCUCCCUUCCGAGCCCCGGAUAGACCAGGAACCCCAAUAUGAAGGUCGCAAUGGGCCGAAGCCUACUACCAACUUGGAACAAUCAAACGGGUGGUUUAUUUACGCUCUGACCUUCUCCGCUGGCAUUAGUGGGUUGUUAUUUGGUUACGACACAGGUGUCAUUUCCGCAACCUUAGUAUCGAUCGGCUCCGAUCUCUCUAACCGUCCUCUAACGACAUUGGACAAGAGUCUCGUAACGUCCUGCACCAGCCUGUUCGCUUUGAUUGCGAGUCCGCUAGCGGGAAUCCUGGCAGACAAGUUCGGUCGCAGAAAGGUUAUUCUCGUUGCAGACGUGCUUUUCACCCUCGGCGCUUUGAUACAAGCUGUCACAAGUGCAGUAUGGGGCAUGAUAGUUGGAAGAAGCAUUGUUGGCCUGGCUGUUGGUGGAGCAAGUCUGGUGACUCCAUUAUACAUCUCCGAGCUGGCGCCUUCCCAUGCUAGAGGAAGGCUUGUGACGAUACUGAGUCUCUUUAUUACAGGCGGACAAGUCGUUGCUUAUAUCAUCGGUUGGUUAUUUUCCUCUGUAUCUGGAGGCUGGCGUUAUAUUGUUGGCAUUGGAAUGCUCCCAGCAAUUUUUCAAUUUUUCAUAGUCUUGACUCUUCCAGAAACCCCUCGUUGGCUGGUCCAGGCAGGGUUCGAAGAGAAAGCUACGAAAGUCCUCUCCCGGGUUUAUGGGAGCCAUCACGACAGUGGCCUCAUGGCCAAGCAGGUUAUGCGGGAUAUCCAGCAAGAAGUGGCCGAGGAGGAGGAAGAGUUAACUCAAACAAACAAGCCCUCCACAGGAAACUGGCAGUGGCUGACGAACGUUACGCAGUGUGCUCGCCACUUGGUCCUCGUCGGUGGUAAUCGGAGGGCAUUGAUCAUAGCGGUUAUGCUGCAAGCCACACAACAACUGUGUGGAUUCAACAGCCUCAUGUAUUUCUCAGCGACAAUUUUCUCCAUGCUGUCAUUCUCGUCCCCAACUCUAGUGUCAUUGUCAGUGGCGCUGACCAACUUCUUAUUCACCUUACUCGCAUUUGCCUUUAUCGAUAGGAUUGGUCGACGCCGCAUUCUCCUGUACUCAGUGCCAGUGAUGGCUCUCUCCCUCAUUGCUUGCGCUUUUACGUUCGGCUCAGUCGAAAUGCCAAACCCGGAGUCGAGGGUACGGGCGGAAGAUGCCACAAGUGAUAGCGCUUUCCUCCCUGUUGUUAUCCUGAUAUGCCUCACCGUUUAUGUGGGAGCUUAUGCUUUCGGACUUGGAAACGUGCCUUGGCAGCAAUCAGAGCUCUUCCCCUUAAAUGUACGCUCCUUGGGAUCAGCCUUGGCUACCGCAACGAAUUGGGGGUCAAAUUUUGUUGUCGGUCUAACUUUCCUGCCUAUGAUGGAAUGGCUCUCUCCUGGAUGGACAUUCGCGGCCUAUGCGGCCGUAUGCGUGUUCGGUUGGUUUGGUAUUUACACUAUCUAUCCCGAGAUGAGCGGCCUUCGCUUGGAGGAAGUCAAGGAACUUCUAGCAGAUGGCUGGGGUGUUCAGGAAAGCCUUAGAAGACGUCGUGGUCGUCCUGGCGUGAGCUAA